AAGUAUGGCAGAUGGUACUUCAUUGAUAGGCUUGGAAGAAUCAGUUUUUUUAGGAGAUGUAUCCAGCACUUCACUUAUAGGCUCAAUAGAUUCAGGUGACUUACUAGCUUUAGGCUUUUUAUUUACUGUCUCAGGUGGUUCAGAAGUCAAAGAAGUCCCAGAUGUUGAAGCGACUGGAGCUUUGGCUUGUUGA